GUGAGGGGACAGCCGUGAGAGAGGGAACUGUGAGGGCUUUGGGGGGAGACCGUAAGGGGCGCCGCCAUAGCACCUCGGCCGCCGCUCCUCCCCGAGUGAGAAGAGUCCCUGUUAUUUCAUCUCUUGAUCCGAGGAAAGCCUGUGGACAGGCACUGUGAAUUAAUGGUGACUCCCAAAGUGCCAGACCUACCCACAUGUCUUGAAGAAAAACAUUCAUUAGGUGAAUCCAGCACGUCCUGUAAAGAAGUGCUUAACACUAAUGACAUGAAGAUGUCUGAAGUUUCUGAAGUCAUGACUAAAGCUGACAUCAAACCAAAAUCUAUGCAUCGUGCCAAAAUAUGGUCAGAUGAUGUAGAGAACUUGUACAGAUUUCAGCAAGCUGGAUACAGAGAUGAGGUGGAAUAUAAACAUGUAAAACAAGUUGAUGAGGUAGAGUGCUGGCCAGAAACUGGUUUUGUUAAGAAACUUCAGAGGAGGGACAAUACAUUCUAUUAUUACAAUAAGCAAAGAGAAUGUGAAGACAAAGACGUCCAUAAAGUGAAAGUUUAUGUGUAUUAGUGUUGUUACUGUUCUGGUUGGUUUGUUUUUAUAAAUUGUUUCUUAAGACCUGUAAGUAAAUGUGUUGUGUAAUCUGGCUUACUUUAAGUAUCUAUGUCAUGUUUAGAUAGAAAGGGGAGUGCUGGAAAUGUAGAGAAGCCUGAACUAUAGGCAUAGAAACGUCACUUUUUCCUUCCUAUAAGCAAAAGUCAUAUUGUUCUUCGUUUUCCUGAUUACAAAUGCUUUGACAUAAAGCUAAAAAGCUGGUAAAUGGGCAUCAUAUAUUUCAGUUAACUGUAUAACAUCCAUUGUAAGUACAGGCAUCAAUCUCUAUUCCAGACUAUGUAAUCUUGUUGACACUGGUUAACAUCAGCCACAGCCUCUUGGUGUAGCUAAGGGUUAUGAGACUCCAAAGGGCCAAAGUGAGGCCAGAGCAUUGACAAACAUUUCCUUGGAGCAGAGCAAAAGCAAGCAAAGAAUUAAAUGAAGGACUCUGAACAAUCAAGUAACAAUGGCCAGUGCUGAGCUGCAGAUAUAAAAACUGGUUGUUGUGAUAGAAAGUCACAACAGAAAUAUCUUUCUGUCUAUCCCCAAAGUAUUUUUGUCAGGUGCCAGUAUUAAUUACUCAAAGAGGAAGUAUUAAUUGACUUAGUAGCAUAUGCCUUCUUGUGGGGGUGGAUUGUGGAUUCACAGGUAUUGGGAGCAUGGAGUAUAAAACUCCAGGGAGAACAUGAAAUCCACACUCAGUAAUAUUUAGGGGGAAGUGAGAUACACAGAUGAUAUGUGGGAUUUCUGGGAAGAAUUCAUCUCAUCUAACUUCAAACAUUAUGAACAUCCACACCUGAUCCUGUCAUUUGGACAGCCUUUGUUCUGGAUAGAGAAAAGCUCUUGUGGGCACAAUUAAUUUAUUUUAAGUGCAGCUAUGUAACAUUUUCUUUAAAUGUGCUGCUGUGACAUCAGCUCUGCAGCAGCUGCCAAUACCUGGGCUACUCUGAGAUGCUCAGUGAAGAUGAGGGACUGUACUUGUCUUCACUUAUGAGGGGAUUUAAUUAAAAUACUUUGAGAUGUCAAAACUCUUGAUAAUUGACCAGUAGAACAGAUUGUUAUAUAAACAAGUAGGUGUGUUUGUGGUAGUUACAAAAAAUGUUUUCUAUCUCUAGACUAUUGACCAAGGUUAUGUUAACUUAGUUUUAGGCAUGAAUUAGCAAUGUACAUUUGACCACCCAUCUUAUGGAUAUUCUUUAUUUAUUUGAGUCUAAGAUGGAGGAAGACUCAAGAUAAGAAAUAGAGGACUUACAGCUCCUAGUCAAAAUAAGUAGUAUGGGUGCAAUAUUUAAAAGACCUCAUUGACAAUGACUGGUGAUGAUCUCAUCUUAUUUAGACUACUUGGAAAGUUUUCACUUAAACUUGUAUGAACUCUGUUAGAGAAAUGACUGAAAGAUACUCUAAAGCAACUAUGAAACUUAUAUUC